CCUACUCUCGAGUAUGGGGUCCUUUUAUUUUAGGCCUUUUUCACCCCUCCUAGGUAUUAGGUAACAUUUCCAUACAUUAAAUCUCAACCUUGGAAUCCCAUUUCCUUAUGCACAUUAAGCUAUCAUCCAUGGCAAAGACAAAGUGGCUAUGCCUCCUUCUGGUACGGCUCAUGGCGCUUGGUGCCACUCUUUCAGCCGCAAUUGUCAUGGCCACUAGCCAUGAAAAAGCUAGUUUCUUUGCUCUAUCCUUCGAGGCAAAGUACGACAACACGCCAGCUUUCAAGUAUUUUGUGAUCGCGGAAGCUGUUGCUAGUGUCUAUGGGUUUUUGGUUCUUUUUCUUCCUUCGAAGAGUCUGCUCUGGCGAUUGGUCAUUGCCCUGGAUGUGGUUUUCACCAUGUUGCUGACUUCAAGCAUUUCAGCAGCCUUGGCAAUCGCUCAGGUGGGCAAGAAAGGAAAUUCCUCUGCAGGUUGGCUGCCCAUCUGUGACCAAGUUCACAAGUACUGUGACCAUGUAAAAGGAGCUCUUAUUGCUGGCUUCAUUGGAGCCACUAUUUAUCUGUUGCUUCUUCUCUAUUCCAUCCACAAUGUCUUGGGUCUCAAAGUCCAGUGAGUUUCCACCCAGCUUGUUCUAAAUCUUUCUUAGUAGGCAGGGAGGGCAUAAAGCAUUAUAUAUAACGUUGAAGAUGUGCUUUUGGUGACAACUGUUCUGUUAAAUGAUUGUACGGGACACAAUAUUGGAAGUGCAAUUAUUUGUUUUUAACAUCAUGCUCUUUAACUGACUUUAUGAAUCAGUAUGUUUUGAGUUA